CCAAGUUGUAACUUUUAUAUUAGCUAGUUGGAUACACUGUCAACUUAAGUUCUUUUGGUAAAACACGUUGCGGAGUUCAUGUGAAAAUGAGUUCCUUGAAGCUACAGAAGAGGCUCGCCGCCUCGGUUAUGCGAUGUGGCAAAAAGAAAGUAUGGUUGGAUCCUAAUGAAAUUAAUGAAAUCGCUAACACCAACUCAAGGCAAAACAUCCGUAAGUUGAUCAAAGAUGGUCUCAUAAUCAAGAAACCAGUAGCAGUGCAUUCCCGUGCUCGAGUACGCAAAAACACAGAAGCCCGCAGGAAGGGAAGACAUUGCGGUUUCGGUAAAAGGAAGGGUACAGCAAAUGCUCGAAUGCCCCAGAAGGAAUUAUGGAUUCAGCGCAUGAGAGUUUUGAGACGUCUCUUGAAAAAAUACCGAGAAGCCAAAAAGAUCGACAGGCAUCUGUACCAUGCCCUUUACAUGAAAGCAAAGGGUAACGUAUUCAAGAACAAGAGAGUCCUCAUGGAAUACAUCCAUAAGAAGAAGGCAGAGAAGGCCCGUGCCAAGAUGUUGGCAGACCAAGCCAAUGCCAGGAGAUUGAAGGUAAAACAAGCACGUGAACGUCGUGAAGAACGUAUCGCUACCAAGAAACAGGAAGUUCUACAGAAUUACCAGCGGGAAGAUGAAGCCCAAGCUGCUAAGAAAUAAGUUUAUUUUUAUGGUAAUGACAAAUAAAGUUUGAAAUUACUU